AUGGCAACGACCCUUGGCAAAGAGACUGGCAUGGACGCUACGAUGAUGGUGGAAGCCGCUACCACCGAUGGAACGACGGCAGAGAUGACGGACAUCGCGUACAUGACCAUGGAGGAUUCCGAGGCGCUCCCUGGGCAGAUGGUCGAGACAAAGGGUUUAGAGGGCUUGAUUCAGGAGGCGUUCAGUGGGAUCCCAAGGCUGAUGGUAGAGAUUACGGACAUCACGUACAUGACCGUGGAGGAUUCCAAGGUGCUCCCUGGGCAGAUGGUCGAGACGGUAGCUUUAGGUUACAUGAUCAAGGGGAUCCUCAUCGCUGGAUUGACUCCUAUGUGGGAGGUUCAGAUUCCGGGUCUCGUUCUGAAGGGUGGCAAAGCUAUGGUGGGUGGCAACCAGACCAAGGGACACAGUCUGGGUGGACUAACUGGAACUCCGAAGACCAUGGCAAAGGACCCCGACCCUCAGAACGACUCACAGUCCCCACCUUCACCGCCGAGGUUCUUGGACUUGGAGGUGGCACGUAUUGGCCGGGCUUUCUCUGACUUCUUCAGGAAGCUCAGGAGGAAACCGGGACAGACGAUCCGCGAGUACAACACUGAGUACGAUCGGCUCCAUGGGAGGUUGCGCGAGGUAGGCUGCUCUUUGCCGGAGGAGUGCGCGGCCUGGCUCUACUUAGAUCGGCUGCAGCUGGAGGAGGCACAAGAGUUGAACCUGCUCGCCAGCGUAGGGAACCGGUACAGCCUACAUCAUCUACAACACGCUGCCGUUCUUCACGACAGGGGCCAGAGGAAGCCCUGGGAGGCUGGCGGAGGCAGGCCGAGACGCCCGAACUUCGCCCACGUGACGGAUCACGCGGGCGAGUCCGACGAGGAGGAGCUCUUUGACGGCGAGGAGGCGAUACCCGAGGACGUGGCCGAGGCGUACAUGACCUACCAGUCCGCCAAGGAGCGCUACAGGACCCAGCAGAGGAGCCGUGGGACCACCAGUGGAGGACAAGGCGACGGCGGAGAAAGGGCACCGAAGGGCGACGGGCAGUCUGGAGACCGCAAGGCUGGAGAUGGAGGACGUGACGGUGAUCGCGAGGCCAAGCUCAAAGCGAUGAAAGCCCGGAGCUUUUGCGGAGGCUGCGGAAGACGCGGUCAUUGGCAUCGCGACGAUGCCUGUCCUUUGAACCGCGGCGGAGACAAGGGCAAAGCGGAUCAGAGUGCGAGCGUUGCCAUGACUACGGUGCUCCCGGCGGACGUCUACGCCUUGAAACACCUGCCCAGCCGAUUGCUGGGGGUCGCCGACACGGCUUGCGCAAGGACAGUGGCCGGUACGCAGUGGCUGCAGUCUUACACGGACCUCCUCAACGAGCUCGGGGAGAAGCCAGUCCUGCAGAAAGAGUGCGAGGCCUACCGGUUCGGGGCGGGGAAGGUGCACUACUCUUCGUUCUAUGUCGUUGUGGCUUUUCGACUCGGUAACUACAACAUCCAAGUGCGCACAUCCAUCAUCACCGGGGACCUGCCAUUGCUGCUCAGCAAAACGGUCCUUGGAAAGCUAGGCAUGGUGUACGAUGUACAGAAUGGCAGGGCUGACUUCAAGGCCAUCGACCUCAAGGACUACGAGCUGACUACCACUACUUCGGGGCACCCAGCCCUACCGAUC